AUGGCCGCACUCAGCCUCCGCAAGAGCAACACCCGCCUCCCGCCGGAGGUCAACCGUGUACUGUACGUCCGUAACCUUCCGUUCAACAUAACGAGCGAGGAGAUGUACGACAUAUUCGGGAAGUACGGCGCCAUACGUCAGAUCCGCAUCGGCACCAACAAGGACACGCGCGGCACCGCCUUCGUGGUGUACGAGGAUAUCUACGACGCCAAGACCGCCGUCGACCACCUCUCGGGCUUCAACGUGGCCAAUAGGUACCUUAUCGUCUUGUACUAUCAGCAGGCGAAGAUGGGCAAGAAAUUUGACCAGAGGAAGAAGGAGGAGGAGAUUCAGAAGCUCCAGGAGAAAUACGGGAUCGGCACGCCUGCUUCCAAAGAUAAGUAG